AAAGCGAUCAUAAGUUUAAUGUGCAACUAGCUAGCACUUAAUGAAUUAAUUCCGAGCUGUUAGUCAUCAGACACGAAGUAGUACUAGUAUAGUGAUUAAAAUGCAUCUUGCUCGACAGGAAAGCAUAGGUUCACUACAGCGCCCAUAUACAUCUGGAUCAAGUCCCAAAUCGGCCAAGGCCAACUGACGUUCUCCAUCGCAAGCGCUUGCACUCCGGCCGUCUCUUACAGGGUUUCAGCACAUCACUGGACAUCGAUCUCGCUAGAUGUUCUAGUUUGUACUUCACAUUCUACCUAUAGGGUUGCAGCUGGUUAAGUCACACCGGUAGGGUUUGAGGCUUUGAGCUAAUCACUGGACAUCGAUCUCACUAAAUGUUCUAGAUUGGUUUUCGCAUAACACCUAAAGGGCUGCAGCUAGUUAAGUAACAUUAGUAGGACCAGAUGGCGGAGGCGAUACUCCUUGCUGUGUCGAAGAUUGGGGCAGUCAUUCUGAAUCAAGCAGUCACGGAUGUGGUACAGAAGCUAUCGAAGAUUGAAGCUCUAAAGGAAUUGCCAACAAAAGUCAAAAGAAUCAAUGUAGAACUAACGACCAUGAAUAAUAUAAUUCUUGAUUUGGGCACAGCACAUCUCAGUAACAAUGUCAUCAAGGGUUGGAUUGGAAAUGUAAGAGAUCUGGCUUACCGUGUUGAGGAUGUAAUUGAUAAGUACUCAUAUGAGGCUCUUAAGCUCAAGGACGAAGGCUUCCUGCAACGGUACAUCUUCGGAGGUUCACGCCAUAUAAAGGUCUUCAGUAAAAUUGCCGAGGAAAUUGAGGAUAUAGAGAAGGAUAUCAUGCAGAUCAAAGAGUUGCCUAAAUAUUGGAGGGACACAGUGCAACCCACAAACAAUGAUCAUGCAAAGAUUGAUAAGACGCGGUCUGGUAGCUGCUUUCCAGGACUCUUUAGUGAUGAGGAUCUUGUGGGAAUUGAUGAAAAUAGGAGCAAGUUGACUGAAUGGUUGAGCACUGAUGAUAAAGAAAGCUCGGUGAUAACAGUUUCUGGUAUGGGAGGCUUGGGGAAAACAACCCUUGUGAAGAAUGUGUAUGAUAGGGAAAAAGUCAACUUCCCUGAUACUCAUGCUUGGAUUGUGGUGUCACAGGCAUAUGAUGUAGUUGAUUUGCUGGGGUCAUUGCUCACCAAGCUACGGCUCACACAAGGGACACAAUCUCCUCUUAGCAUGGAUGCCAAAGCUAAUGUUUAUGACUUAACAGAGGCAAUAAGGAAGACACUACAAGACAGGAAGUGUUUAAUCGUGCUUGAUGAUGUGUGGGACAAAGAUGCAUAUACACAGAUGUGCAAUGCUUUCCAGGGUCUCCAAGGAAGUCGUGUUAUGAUCACAACACGGAAGGAAGAUGUUGCCGCUCUUGCUUCACCUAGGCGUCGCCUGGUACUCCAACCAUUGGGUAGUGCCGAGUCAUUUAAGCUAUUUUGCUCAAGGGCUUUCCACAACAGCCCAAACUGUGAGUGCCUGCCAGAGCUCGUGACAGUGGCUGUUGAUGUUGUUAAGAAGUGUCAUGGCCUGCCAUUGGCUAUUAUAUCUGCUGGCAGCCUAUUGUCCACGAAGCAACCAACAGAGUAUGUAUGGAAUCAGAUGUUCAAACAACUUCGGGACGAGUUUAAAGGGGAUAACAAUGUCCAAGCUAUACUUAAUCUGAGCUACCAUGACUUGUCAGGUGAUCUCAGGAACUGCUUCCUGUACAGCAGCUUGUUCCCUGAAGAUUAUGCAAUGUCACGGGAGAGCCUUGUGCGGUUGUGGGUUGCUGAAGGAUUCGUGAUGAGGAAAGGAAACAACACGCCAGAAGAAGUGGCUGAGGGAAAUCUGAUGGAACUCAUCGGCCGGAAUAUGUUGGAAGUUGUGGAGUGGGAUGAGCUCUUCAGGGUUAGUAAAUGUAAGAUGCAUGACAUUGUCCGUGACCUUGCUCUUGCUGUGGCUAAAGAGGAGAGGUUUGGCUCUGCGAGUGAUUCAGGCGAAAUGGUUCGCAUGGAUAAAGAAGUUCGUCGAUUCUCGACAUCAAGUGGUUGGACUGACAGUAACACAGAUGCAAGAGUGGAAUUUCCACGGCUGCGCACCAUCAUGUCCCUUGCGGCAUCUUCGUCCUCUACCAACAUGCUUUCCUCGGUUUUCUCUGGAUCCAACUACCUUACUGUUCUCGAGCUUCAAGACUCUGCAAUAGUCGAAGUGCCAGCAUCCAUAGGAAAUCUGUUCAAUCUCCGCUACAUCGGUUUGAGGCGUACCAAUGUCCAAUCACUGCCAGACACCAUAGAGAAACUCUUAAACCUAGAGACAUUGGACAUCAAGCAAACAAGAGUAGAAAAGAUCCCGCCAGGAAUUGUAAAGAUUGAGAAGCUGCGACAUCUCUUAGCAGACAGGUUUGCUGAUGAGAAGCAAACCGAAUUCCGAUACUUUGUCGGGGUUGAAGCGCCUCAUAUGAUUUCCAACUUUCAAGAACUGCAAACUCUUGAGACCGUCCAUGCCAGCAAAGACUUGUCCCUGGAGUUGAAGAAAAUGAGGAAGCUGCAAACUGUUUGGGUUGAUAACAUUAAUGCAUCUAACUGUGACGACCUUUUCAAAACCCUCUCAGAUAUGCCCCUUCUUUCUAGCUUACUUCUCUCUGCAUAUGAUGAGAACGAGAAACUUUCUUUCCUAUCACUAGUGCCAAUUUCCAAGAAGCUCCACAGACUAAUCGUCAGAGGUGGCUGGGCUGAUGGGACACUCAAGUGCCCAAUAUUUCAGGGCCAUGGGAGGAAUCUCAAGUACUUGGCUCUAAGUUGGUGUAAUCUUGGGAAAGAAGAUCCGCUGCAGUUGUUGGCAUCUCAUCUGCCAGCUCUAACUUAUCUCAGUCUUAACAGGGUGAGUAGUGCAGCAAUAUUGGUCCUUUCUGCCGGGUCCUUUUCUAAGCUGAAGACACUCGUCUUGAAGUGCAUGCCUAAUGUCAAGCAACUGGAUAUUGAAGAGGGUGCCAUUCCACACAUUGAUGGGAUCUACAUCGUGUCACUCGUGGAGCUGAAUAUGGUCCCUCGUGGCAUUGAAUCCCUUGGGACCCUCAAGAAGCUCUGGAUGCUGGGACUGCACAAGGACUUCAAGGCCCAGUGGAAUCUGAACCAGAUGCACAACAAGAUGAAGCAUGUUCCAGAGCUCCGUUCCUAGCAAAAAGCAGCAAUCUAUCUCCCUCGGUUAUUAAGAAAUGUAAGGAUUUCUUAUGCAUUGUAAGUGUGCGCACAUUUAAUUAUUUGACAGGAGUCCUACGGUACUGUAAUAGUAUCAACAACUAUUAAUUUCUUUGUGAUUGUAUGUUGUCAUGCAUUGUUGGUUGUUUCUGUAAUAAUUCCUAAAACACCGGCCUUCCUUGCCAUCAGGACAUAAAAUGAGAGUGAGUUUUUCAUUAUAUAUGA